UUUUCUCACCAAAUCUCAUGCACUUAUUACACUUUAGUUUUUUCUUAACUUCAUCAACUGUUUCUUGAAAUUCCCCUGAGAUGAAAUGGGGACUCUGUCAUCUGAGACAUCAUCUUACCUUAUCUGUGAUGACGAGAAGGGGGGCGGGGCGAAGUGGACCCGGGAGGAGAACAAGAGGUUUGAGGAAGCACUUGCCCUGUUUGAUGAUGAGAACAGUCCAGACAGGUGGUACAAUGUGGCGGCCAUGUUGCCUGGGAAAACUGUGAGUGAUGUUUUGAGACAGUACAGAGAGUUGGUGUCUGAUGUUCUUGACAUAGAGGCCGGCGUUGUCCCGUUGCCCAGGUACCAAACUCCCACCCAUUCCUUCACAUUGGAGUGGGUGGACAACGUGGGCUACGAGUACUACAAGCAAUUCAUGAGCGGGAGGAGGAGCGGUUUGAACCGCGCUUCUGAUCAUGAAAGGAAAAAGGGGGUGCCCUGGACCGAGGAUGAACACAGGCAAUUCCUGCUGGGGUUAAAGAAGUAUGGGAAAGGAGAUUGGCGAAACAUCUCGCGCAAUUUUGUGACAACGAGGUCUCCGACUCAAGUUGCAAGUCAUGCACAGAAGUACUUCAUUAGGCAGCAUUCGGGAGGGAAGGAUCGAAGGCGAUCAAGCAUACACGAUAUAACAACAGUCAAUCUCCCAGAAACCAUGUCCCCUUCCCAAGACAACAACAAAUGUCCUCAAGACAAACAAACCCCUCAAGAACAACCUGCGAAGGGGAAUGGAAUGAGACUCAAUUUGCGGCACGAUGGCCUUGUUGAUGCCCCUUUUGAGGGGAACUCUUGGUUUUAGCUAUUUUGAUUUGGAACACAUCGAUUCAGAUCGAUUGGAUCGUUUGGGAGCAUUUUUUUUGAAAGACAAAUUGAAGGAUUAAACGUUGGCAAAGGUC